UACAAGCAGGCCACUACUACCCCACACCACGAAAAGCCAAGACCUCCGAAACCUCCGCAGCAUCCCACCAAACAACCACCACAACUCAUGGAGAUCCGGCACCCACGACGCAUUCUUGCGCUCGGAGCGCCAGAAUCGGGUGUUCUCUCUCUACUAAAAGACCUCACAGGCUCCGCGCCCGAGCUCAUAACCAACACCACCGCAGGCCUCUCGCACGAAUGGCACCUCGAAACCAAAUACUACACGGCCAAGCUCCCCAUAUGGAUCGAUGAGAUCCCAAACGUAGGCGAAUGGCGCACCGAGUUCAUCAAGCCCGAAGCCCGCGAAGUCAUCACCGUCCUGGGAGCCUGGGUAUUCUGUUUCCGCAAACCCGUCACGACGGCCGACGAAGACACCAUCAGGGACACGCUGAAAGCCAUUGCCGAUGUGAUUGAGAAGGCGUGCGGUUACGGCGGAGAUCAGAUCUGUCUGGCGGUUGGUAUGCCGCAGAGCACGACGCCGUAUCUGGAGAAGAGCGCCGAGGAGUGGGAUGAAUUUUGCAUGGAGUAUGGGUUUGAGUAUGUGGAUAGCGAGGCGAAAGGGAAGAAUGAGUUUGGUGAGGAAAUGGGGGUGAAGAGGGUGGAGGAUGCGCUGAAAGCGCAUGAGUGGGAGGGUGGUGAUGGAGGGGAUGGGCUUGAUUUCGACGACGACGAGUUUGGGGAGGGGCUUGAUGCCGAGGAGAGGGAGAUGGGGUCGGAAAUGUUUGGCUUGAAGAUGGCUGUGAAUGGAGUUGAGGAGGAAGAUGGCCCUGGUGGGGAUGAUGAUGAGGCUGAGGCUGAUCAGGUUGAGCAGUUGGAGUCGCUUAUGCGGCGUAUGGUUGCUAUCAAAGAAACGAGCGAGGGCAUGUCAGAAGCAGAGCGAAAACGCUUCGCUGCAAAAGCCGUCUCAGACUUAAUGAAGGACCUUUAA